UUGUGGGGUUUUUUCAGUUCUACAUUCCAGACAGUUCAAGACAAAUCCAUGAAAGUUUGGCGUUUUUAUCGCCUUUCUCUCAUUUUUGAAUACUACAACCGCCCAAUACUUGUGCCUCCAAUAAUCAUCAUCAACCACAUGUUCCGAAUCAUGCGUUAUCUCGUAUUCAAAAAGUGUAACAAAUACAAAAUGGCAAAUGAAUUCAAGGAAAAGAACGAUGAUAAUGAGAAUGACCGUUUGAAUUUGUUUGAGAAAAUGGCUACAGAACGCUACCUGGCUCGUAGUAAUUUGAGAGAACGACAGAAGCUAAACACACGAGUCAGCCGGACAGCUAAAAGCUCAGCUUCAGGCGAAACAGCAUUUUUGCGUCAGUUUGUAGAGGAUUUGUCGGAGCAGUCUAGCCAGCAGACUCUGAAGAUCAGUCAGUUAAUGGAGAUGCUGGUGAAACAGAAGGAGGGCGUACACACAAGGCCUGAACUACACAACAUUGACGAAGCAACCAACGAUGACCAUGAUGUGUAAACUAAAAACACACAAAGACAGAUUAAAAACAGACAGACCUGCUCAAGUGACUGUGUCAGAUAUCCAACUGUUGACCAACUUCUAUUCAUUUUAUAAUUUUUUAAAUCUAGUUUUUAUAAAGUAAUCAAAAUUUAACUCCAAAUCGGUUGAUAAAAACAAAAUCAAGCACAGACCUGCUCAGAUUGUUUUAGAAAUUUUAAUCUCUUUUGAGUGACUGCUAUUUAUUCUUUUCUCCUGUUUUUUCAUAUAUUCAUUUGACUGAAAAUAGAGUGGUAAUAUUUUUUCAAAAUUUUAUAAUCUACUUUUUUUUUUACAAAGUAAUUAACAUUUAACAAAAUGUCUUUUAAAAAUGUGCUUUGAUAAUUGUUUCAGAAAUUUUGCUCUAAUUUUACUCUUCUGAUUUCCUGGCUUUCCUGAAAUAGUGCAACUAUUUUUCGAAAUUAUAUAAUGUAUUUUAUAAUUUAACACCAUAAGACGUAUUACACUAUGACAGACUAGCUGAUUAUCUGUUUUGAGCAGAAUGUCGUAAUUCAGCUGCAGGAGACACCGAGUAAUUCCUCGUGUUAAAACGAUAGUGUACUUUAUAGAAAUAGAUUAGUAUGGUAGUACAGCAUGUAAUUGAAACUUAACACAGAGUAACAGACAUACAGUGUCAAACUACGACAGUUAUCAGUUAUUCAUUUCAUGUCAACUUAUUUUCAUGCUUAAAUCCAAUUUAAGUUCAAGCACGCUGUCCUGGACACACACCUCAACUGUCUGGUCUGUCUGUCCAGGACAGUGGGUUAGUUGUUAGUUGCUGGUUAGUGAGAGAGAAGAGGGUGUAGUGUCCUUGCACCUACCCAUUGAGCCCUUAACUUCAAAACUCUUAUUAUGGUUUGAAAGCUAUUUAUCUGAUCGAAGACAAUGUGUAGUACUACAAAACCAUUUCUCUCAUACUAAACCCAUUUCCGCAGGUGUUCCGCAAGGUUCUGUUCUUGGUCCUAUUUUGUUUUUGGUAUAUAUAAAUGAUAUUAUUAAUGGGAUUACUUCAAAUAUUAGAUUGUUCGCUGAUGAUACCUCAUUAUUUAUUACUGUUGAAAAUCCUGAACUAUGUUGCAAUAAUUUAAACUCUGACUUAGAGCAUAUUAACAAGUGGGCUAAACGGUGGCUUGUUAAGUUCAGUCCCGAAAAAACCGAAACCUUGUUGUUUAGCCGCAAAAUUAAAAAACCCAGCAAUCCUAAGUUAUUUUUAGACAACGUACAAGUAUCAGAGGUUGAUGUCCAUAAACACUUGGCCCUUACAUUCCAGAAAUCUGCGGAAUGGGUUUUCCAUAUACAAAAUAUUGUAAGUAAGGCCAGUAAAAUGGUAAAUUGUCUUCGAUCCUUUAAAUAUAGAUUAUCUAGAAAAUCAUUAGUAAAAAUCUAUAUAUCAUUUAUUCUUCCCAUUUUUGAUUAUGCCGAUAUUCUUUGGGAUAAUUGUAGUCUCCAACAGGCAUACAAUCUUGAAAAUAUACACUUGGACGCUUUGGGUACAAUUUGUGGUUCUGUUCGGGGAACAUCGCACGAGUUACUAUAUAGCGAAACUGGUUUUAUAUCUUUAUCAGAAAGGAGAAGUCGCCAUAAACUAUGUAUGAUGUAUAAACUUUCUAAUAACUUGCUCCCCACAUUCUUGACAUUACAAUUACCACGCCCCAUUUCUGCAGAAACCCCAUAUUACACUCGUAAUGUAGAUCGCCUCCUUACAUACUUUUGUUGAACUAAACUUUUCGCGAAUUCCUUUUUUCCUUCCGCAGUUAAAUUAUGGAAUAAUAUAACGUCCGAUAUUAGGAAUUCUUCAUCGUUAAAUAGAUUUAAAUCAGAAUUAAAUAAAUCAGACCCAAUUGUACCGUGCUACUUUUACGAUGGUGAUAGAAGGCAACAGAUAUUACACAGUCGACUCCGCUUGGGAACUAGCGAUCUAAAUGGUCAUAAAUUUGCAAGACACGUAAGUGACAGUCCAUUUUGUACUUGUGGACAUCUUAUUGAAGAUGCAGAACAUUUUUUAUGUUAUUGUCCACUAUAUAAUGCAAUUCGUAAUACUCACCCGUCAAAAUAUCACAAUCUUAAUUGCAAGACCUUAUUAUUUGGUGACCCAAAUUUUAGUACCCACGAAAAUAGUGUUAUAUUUAAAUCUGUUCAAGACUUUAUAAUUAAUAGCAAACGUUUCGAUAACUAACCAUUCAUUAUUCCUCCUUCUCCCUUCCCAACUGUGACUAAAUAAUAUCAUAUCAACUAUCUAUUUUUAUUUUUCCUUUCUUCUCUCUCUCUUCCAUUCUUCUCAUCUUAGCUAAUUUGAAUUUAUUUAAAUUAUUAUACUAUUUCUGUCAUCUUGAUGUAUCAAACUUG